UGUUCACUCUGAAUGGUUGUUCACUAUGAGAGCACACUCAUCUGCAUUUGUUGCGGUGGCAUUUCUUUUGCUGACGCACAUCACUCAUCCGAUGGAGAUCCUUGAUGACUUCGAAGUCCCCGAGGAAAUAACCACACUACAUGCUAAUAAGGAUGUUCUUGGUUCUGUGAGUCUGAAGCGCAUCGAGGGGAGAACUCGACAAAGGAACUCACUUUCGUUUGUGGGAAAAAACAGGACGGGCAAAAUGAUCGAAAACUAUUGCUGCUUCUGGAUAUACCAGGCCCAUCCACCCAUUCCGCACACCUGGAAACACAUGGCCGAGUAUCCUUUCGACUUUCAGUUCAAUGGAGAGUUUGUGCGGAACCAACGACACAAUGAAGUCGAAGUUCCUGUAGCUGAGGAGGGCGAUAAGGGCAGCCCAGUCAUUUAAAACCUAGUUUGAUAAAGAUAUAUGUAUGUUUCACCAAACAAUCCAACACUUUGCUGAGGUGCUGUCCGUUUAUCAUGAUAUGGGUAAUUAUCUGUGGACCGGCCACACUUUCCCCCAGUUUCGUUGCAUAAUUAUGGUGAUUUAUAUUAAAUUGAUUUACCGAGUGUCCAGUUUCAAA